AUGCAGCACUUCCUCCAGUACUUGGGCUGCUUCUUUGCUUUCUUCUCCGCCGGGUUCCUGAUUGCAGCCACCUGGACCGACUGCUGGAUGGUGAACACGGAUGACUCCCUGGAGGUGAGUGCCACUUGCCGAGGCCUGUGGUGGGAAUGCGUCACCAAUGCCUUCGAUGGGAUAACCACCUGUGAUGAAUACGACUCCAUCUUUGCUGAACACCCGGUGAAACUGGUCCUGACCCGAGGAAUGCUGAUCACAGCUGACAUCCUGGCCGGUCUGGCAUUCGCCUUCCUCCUUCUGGGCCUUGACUGUGUAAAAUUCCUGACGGACGAGCCUCGGAGCAAGGCCCGCAUCUGCUUCAUCUCUGGAUUAAUGCUGCUCGCCGGAGGUCUCCCUGGGCUCAUCGGAUCUGUCUGGUAUGCCAUCGGUGUCUAUGUGGAGCGCUCCACCCUGGUUCUGCACAAUGUCUUUGUGGGCAUCCAGUAUAAAUUUGGUUGGUCAUGUUGGCUGGGCUUGAGCGGUGCACUGGGCUGCUUCCUAUCCGGCGCUUUGUUGACCUGCUGCAUGCAUCUUUUCAGAGGUACCGGAUCCGGCAGAUACUCUUCCUGCGGCUCCUUGCGGAAGGCUCACGCCCCCCCUGGAAUGAUGGCCGCCAGCCUGUCCCACCCGUCCUGCCAGACGUCCACUGCCAAAAUGUAUGCGAUGGACACCCGGGUGUGA